ACCUACGUAUUGUUCCGUCACUCGGGAUAGGAACGCGCGGUUUUUUCCCAGCAUCCAGCGCGACAGAUUAACGAUUGGUUAUUCGCAGUAAGGCAGGCAGCGCUGUUUCCCUCGCUCAUCGAUAUUAAUGGAACGCAGCAUGGCCGGAACCUUCUAUCCCGGCACGGCGAGGCAUGACGGAGCUGUGUAGCUGAACCGUACGGCAGAAGGGGGAGCGGGUUUGCUUUGCUCUCGGACGCAAGCAAAGCUCUCGAUGGAGGCAAGAUGUUGCCUUCUUUCCAGGAGUCCGUCGACGGCGAUGACAGAGAACUGGAGAGCAGCGAGGAGGGGGGUGGCCUUUCGGACGAGCGGAAACUGGAGCGUAGCAACAAUAGCUACUACUGUCUGUACGGCUACCAAAACUGCAGAUCACAGCAGGGAGUAGACAGUGAUGAUGGAAGUCCAUGUAGUACAGCAGCUGGAACACCUUCUUCGGAUGAUUUCAGCCUCUCUUUGGUGGACACUAACUUACCAGUGGAAGCAGAGGCAGAAUUGCGCAGUUUUAUUGCCAAGCAUCUUGCUAAGGGAGCCUUUUUUGAAGGGAUGGGCAACAUUGCAUCUGUAGAGCUAAGUUUACCAGAAAGCCGAGUUGGUUGUUAUUACUGCCUGCUUCAGCCCGAAAAACAUGGAGAAAUGGCAAGCUCAGAAUCAAGUGUCUGUUCCUUAGACUACGUUGUCUGCUUUUUGGGAGGCUCAGAGAAGGGGCUUGAACUAUUCAGACUUGAGCUGGACAGAUACAUGCAAGACUUGAAGAUUAACCUCGAUGCAAAGCCUAAUAAUCUGGAGACAUGUGUUCAACCCCUUCUUAGAAUUUGGUUUGAAGACUCUGUGUGUCCUAUUCAGAGGGUAGUACAGCUCUUUCAGGAGAAACUUGCCUUUGUAUUGCAUGCUGCUCUGAGUUACACGCCAGUGGAAGUCAAGGAGUCAGAUGAAAGGACAAAGAAGGACAUUGACAGGUUCCUUCGAGCUGCAAGCCUUCAAGGUCUUGUUCAGGAAGCCACAAUGACAUCCUUAUGCAUGGCGAUGAACGAGGAGCAGUGCAAAUCGAUGGUCAUAGACUGUAGUGGGCCACAGCCUCAGUUCCAGAAUGCAGGCAGUAACAAGUUUUGUGAAGAAUGGACACAAGUGUUUCUAAACGGUUCUGAAGGGGGAAAUCCAUUUCUCUUCCAGCAAAUAUUGGAGAACUUUAAAUUGAAGGCCAUACAGGACAUCAACAAUCUGAAGCGAUUCAUCCGGCAGGCAGAGAUGAACCAUUAUGCUUUGUUCAAGUGCUACUUGUUUCUGCAGAACUGUGGGAGUGGAGAUGUACUACUGAAGAUUGUAAAAGUGGAACACGCAGAGAUGCAAGAAGCCAAAAAUGUAAUAACUGUCCUUGAGGAGUUUAUGAGAGAGUCAGCUAUAGCCUAAUUCCACUCCUUUAAUUUAGGACUAUGUAUGUACUACAGAAUUAAGGUGCAUCUGGGUGUCGUGUGCACAAAGGAAAAUUCUCCCUUUAGCCACAUGUGCACAGUGGCUGCAGUUUCCCACAUUUGUACCCAUGUGGUAAAGAAAUGCAUUUUAGAGGGCAUACCCGGUAUGCUCUUGUGCAGCAUCCAUAUAUUAUAUUAGCCUAUUUUCAUAACACUGAAAAUGUCUUUUAGUUGAAGACUGUACAGAAGUAGCAUUCUCACCAUGAAACAAUUCGGUGUUGUAUACAUUUGUAUGUGAAAAAUUUGGAUAACAAGGCAAAACUUAAUAUUUCCUUUUUUCUUUAAAUCCAAACCAUUCUGCCUUUUUUUCAAUAUUUAAACAUUUCAUUUUGCACAAGCUCUUCUAUUAAUUUUUAGAUCUUGCUAUGUGAAGAUUCCUGUUCAUUUUGUUGUGGAGAUGCAGGACAGGCUGUGCGUUAGUUGCAUUUUCCAUAACGGGACCAAGAACAAUACAUUUUAAUGUCAGUGAUGAUUUUAUGGUUACAAAUUCAGAAAGUACUAAAUAUGUAAAUGCUGCUACAAUGGAUCAUGAUUCAACAUUUCGAUCAGAUUAAUAAAAUAAAUGCUUAUGAAAAAA